AGGGGCCACACGAUUCACAGGGGGCAGGUUUGGCUUCUCAGGCUGGUCCUGCGUUGGAAAUGGGGCAGAACCAGGGAGGCUUCGGUCACUGGCCAGCGCUGGCCUUCCGGCCAUUGAUGUGGUUGGCUCCGGGGAUUUGUGUGGGCCGGAGGUCUCCUGUCCAGGGGACCGGACAUUGCCCCCGGUCUCUUGGGCGGAUGAUGAAAGACGCCCUCUCGGGUGGAAGGCGGGGGCAGGACAGAGGAAGGAGCGUUGAGAGGUGGCCCAGUGAUCCUGCCACAGCUUGGCCCUGGGUGACUCCACCGUCCAACCUGGCUGGUCCCUCUUCGCAGCCGAGCAGGUGGACCGAGACAAAAGGCCGCCGCCCGAUGGCGCUCGCCGGGUGCCUGCUGCUGCCGCUGCUGCUGCUCUGGGCUCGGCCUGUGUCCUCCGUGACCAAGGAGACCGAUGUCCUGGUUCUGUCCCAUAAGGGGAUCGGGGAGACCUGUGAAGAAAACGUGGAAUGCCAGACCGAUUGCUGCGUCACCAACAGCCUGAACCCCCAGAAGUUCUGCACGUCCCAAACCAUCUUCCUGCAGUGCCUGUCCUGGCGGAAGGUGCGAGGGCUCAGUGGGGUGACUCGCACAGGAUCUGUGUGCGGUGGCCCUCAGCAGGAGCUCCCCGGCCGCGUGACCGCCUUCCGGGGCCUGCAGCUCAAUGACUCCACCAAUAAACCACGGAUGCAGCCCAAGUGGGUGUUGUCACUUCCAUGUUCUUCCGACAAUAACGGCAAAAAAGAGCCGUAG